UCCCAGGAGUUGUCAGGAUCAUGUGAUGCCUCCUUGUGGCUUAGUCAGUGCCAGUAGUGAGUGCUGAGGAAGGUGUGUCUCUUGUGCCUUGUCUGCAAGCUUUCGAGGUGGAUUAACAAUUGGUUGAACAGUGUGUGACUUGUGUUGGUGUUGACGUUUGGGACGUGUAUUGUGCUCGCCUGCCCGGCAAUAAUCCUAGUCUACAGUUUUACUUACUUCAGGUCACCAUGAGUCUGUACCCGUCUUUGGAGGAUAUGAAGGUGGACCAGAUGGGCAGAGCUCAGGCCCAGCUGGUGAGUGAGAUGACGGCUUCACAGGGUGGGGGCCCUGCGUCUGCCCCUUCUGCUGUUGAAGCUCGGGCGCCACCUCCCUACGGUCUUCACCCCCCACAAGGAAAGGCUGGGUUAGCCCAAAUAUAUCCUGCUCUUAAUGACUACAUGGGACUGGAAUUUACAGCUGAUGUAAUUGCUGCCAACAUGCCUGAGUACCUGCCUGUUGCUCAUACACAGCCUAAUGCAGUGAGUGUGGCUCCUCCAACUGGUUUGUCACCUGUGCUGCCAGCUGGAAUUGUGGCACCACUCUCUGGGUCGUCAGUUGGCCUCCACCGUGCUCAGGUUACUAACAGCAUCAGGGAGGUAACACUUUGCAAAGAUGGUGACGGGAAGGUUGGGAUGCGUGUGAAGGCUAUCAACAAGGGAGUGUUUGUGUGCCUUGUGAAGAAGAACUCCCCAGCUGCACUUGCUGGGCUUCGUUUUGGUGACCAGAUCCUUCAAAUCAACGGAGAAACAGUGGCUGGAUACUCCAUGGAAAAGGUCCAUGAUAUACUUCGGAGAUGUUCGGCUAAUGGCAUUUCCCUAGCCAUCAGAGACAGGCCAUUUGAGCGAACUGUCACACUACACAAGGACAGCACAGGCCACAUUGGGUUCCAGUUUCGUGAUGGUGAGGUGACUGCUUUAGUAAAGGAUUCAUCAGCUGCACGAAAUGGACUUCUUAUAGACCACAAUCUUUUGGAAGUUAAUGGCCAGAAUGUAGUUGGAGUGAAGGAUAAGGAGAUAUCUGCAAUCAUCAGUGAGUGUGGCCAGGUUGUCACAGUUACCAUAAUGCCAUCUUUUGUUUACAAACACAUGAUGAAGCACAUGGCCAGUUCUCUCGUAAAAUUCAUGGAUCAUGGUCUGCCAGAUCUGUAAAAGUGCAUUAUCAUUUGCUAAAAUAAGAAAAUAGGAUUAUGUUGUUUUUGUUGGACAGAAUAAACAGUAGCCUGUUUUAAUAAUAGAAGAUGGACCAAUUAAUAUGGGCAUUACCGAGAUAGAAGGCACUUCUGCGGGGGUGAGCUAUUUUUUAUACUCCUGUAUUUUUUGAAGGACUGUAGGAUUGAAUGAAAUAAGUAUUCUCUUUUCAGAUUUUCAGUAUUAGUUUUUUUUGCUUUCAUUUGCUGUAUUUGCAUGUUCAUUUUGGUUUUGUGUAAUAUACAUAUGCAGCAUAUAUAUAUGUGUAUUGGGUGUCCAUGAAGUUGGUAUAUAUUAACUAAAAAGGCUUCCCUAUAAUUAUAGAUAUAAAAUUAAAGUUAGCUCCUAUUUAUUCUUAAAUUAUAUAAAUGCAGAAUGGAAGACUUGUAUCCUUCAGUGCAAGUUUAUUUUUGUACAAUAUCCAAAUCAGGAUACCACUGGAAUCCUUCCGACAUGGCUUCUGACUUUGCUUCUAGCUCUCGUUGAGCUUAGUAUUUUGGCUCACAACUCGAUAAGAUUACACUUACUGAAGCUGAUCACACUGCAGUCUUUGUGAUAAAUAUUGAUUGUAUUUUUUGCAUUUUUAGAAGAGGUAUUAAUUAUUGCUUUUCUUGCAUUGUGGCUUUACUGUUCUUGCAAAGAGGUUCAUCUAAAGCAUGUAAUUUUCAUUAAAGGUCAGCCUGUUCUUCCAUUAUUACAUAUACAUAAAAUUAUAACUUCGAGUGAUGUUCAUCGGUGUCAUGAGAGCUAGGGAACAUCAGGGUGCUGUAUCGAGAAACGCCAUUUAGCUAUUCUUAAAUGUGCCCGUUUUGGUGCAUCAUGCAAGUCUGUAAUUUGCUGCAAAUAUAACUCAUCGCCAGGUUAUCAUUAACGUAUACUAGCUUAAUGAACACCCCAUUGUUGACCUAAUGAAUGAUAUCUGAAUAAUGAGGUGACUCCUGAUGUCAUGAAAAAAAAUUUUGCAAAGCCAUUUUAUAAGGUCACAAAACACUACAAGUUUUCAGUGUAUUAUAAAAGUAUUAAAGCAUAUUCCGAUAGUUUAGGUUAAGAGUGCCAUAUACAAUCAAUACCCAAACUGCAUAGCUUUAAAUUGUGAUAUUGCGUGCAGUAAAUUCAGCAAGAUUUGCUUCCGGAAAACUGAUCAUUUGCAUAUGAUUACUUAUACGUAAUAUAUAUUUACAUAUGAUAUAUUAGGAAAUAUGUAACUACUUUUUGUUUUGUUAAAUUCAAAUAUUGAUGUGCAGGUCUUGAUAGUAAAUCCAAUUCUCCCAUAAUAGUGAAUUUCAUAAGUGGUACUUAAAAUUCCUUGUAACUACAAAUAUCCUUAAGUCAUGGUUAACAAUUUGCAAUAAUUCAUUAUUUGUUUGUUAUAUUCACUGUAUUUUAUCUCUGUUUUUGUAAUAAUAUAUUAAGCACAAUGUCGAUCGGCACAACAGUUAAAGCGGUGUAUGAGAGGUAUAUCAUCCAGACGUUGAAAUCUUGUGUAAAUAGUUGUACUGCAAGGUAUUUUAUGUCGUUAAUCUGGCAAUAUAAAUAUUAGUUAUUCUGUAAGAAAUACAUAAAUGGCAUUGCUAUCAUUGUUCUGAAAUGUCUGUGGAUUUUAAGCUGCACAGUUUUCUGAAGGCUCUUGCUUAAAUGUAUUUAAGUACUGUAGUUAGUUGGUAGGAUGUAUUUAAUUUAUGAGAAAUAUCAGACUGUUUUAUCCUUCCAUUGCAGCACUAUGAAUAUAUGCUGUUUGUUCCUCAUUACACUAUUGAGAAAUUAUGGAGAUUUUGUUCUUUUGAAAAAGUGAAAUCUGUUGUAAUCUCAUCACUGUAUAUUGCAACUCUGAUAAUGUUGUAAGUUUGUGUAGCUGGCUGAUAUGAAUGAAAUAUGCAAAAUACACAGUUUUAAAUUCACAAUGUAUGCAUGUUUAAUUCCUCGCAAAAACAAGCAUUUCUGAUUCAAUGCUUUUUGAGGUAUGUGAUAACCUGUAAUAUGGAAAUGUAGUGUACUGUAUAGAAUUUUAUUAAAAUAAAAACUAUGUUAAAUGUA